AAAAAAAAAUGUUUUUGCAGUACAAAAUGUCAUGUUACAGUGAUUGUCAGGAUUGCAUUUUUAUUUAGUUUUUUUUUUUUUCAUAUAUAACACUAUACUUAAAACGUCCUUGCUGGAAAAGUGCAGUUGUAGAAAUGGUGGAACACAGAGCUGAUUAUUCUGUCUGGUUUUGACAUGCUUCUUAUGGGAAAAGGGUGACAAAUUCCUAACUUCAAUGAGAGUUUGCCAACAUUUAUCUUACAAAAGUCAGUACUGUUGUUGAGCAUUUCACCAAAGAACGCCAUUUAUUUUGAAAUAAAGGGAAAUAUUUACUUAAAAUACUGUGCUGGCCCAAUGACUUUAGAUGUUAUAUUUCAGUGCAAUCUGUUACAGAACAUCAGGCUAAUAGCACUGACUCUUUACUGUCUGUGUUAAUUUAAAACGUGUCUUGUGGUUUAGAGUUCUGGGCGCCUCAGUGCACUUCUUAAGCUAAUGUGUCGCUAUCAGUUUUUUUCCAAUAAACCAUCUUGUGUGUUUCAUGUGAAUAUAGAAAUGGUACACUUCUGGAAUUUAGCCCUUUCAAGUAAAGGGAGGGGCGCUUGCUUUGCCUAGGUGUAAGAGCGGCACGCCUCCGCGUUGUAAUAUUUUCAAUAAAUGAACUGUCCACGAAUUGUUCGUCAGAGCUGGAUUUAAAAAGAAUAGGGCGCGCGCGCCAUUCCUCUCGUACAGGAAGUGGCGCGUGAGGCUGUACGUCAGCGUGACGUGCAAAAGGCGGAACGGGGACGUAAACAUGGCGCUGUGCGCUUCUUUUGCCGAUACUAGCGGCUACAUGUAGUAACGUGUGAAGAGGAGUGAACACUUGCGUUGUACAGGGGAGUCGGUCCGUGAGUUCGGGGUGACGUUUCGGGGAUCAUUCUUUAUAAGCGCUGGGAACAGUAACGUGAAGUGUAGGUGAGCUAAGAAGGUGCUCCGGACGCCAUGGAAAACUCGUCCAAGGAGGACUACAGGAUCCAGUCGUUUGACAUCGAGACUCAGAAACUACUCAAAACUGCCCUUAAAGGUCAGUUGCUGCAGUUUCACAAACCAAGUGCAGUGGAUCUGGAAAAAGUGUCCAAUGUCAUUGUAGACCAGUCUCUGAAGGACCAGGUUUUCAGUAAAGAGUCGGGUCGCAUUUGCUACACCAUUGUUCAGGCAGAGGCCAAGCAGAGCAAUGGAAAUGUAUUUCGCCGCAACCUGCUGAACCGGAUGCAGAAAGAGUUCAAGGCCCGGGAGGAGACCCGCAGCCGCUCCAUCCAGGAGUGGGUCUGCUAUGUCACCUUCAUGUGCAACAUCUUUGACUACCUCAAGGUGAACAAUAUGCCCAUGAUGGCAUUGGUGCAUCCAGUGUUUGACUGUCUGCUCAGAUUGGCCCAGCCUGAUGCUCUGCAAAAUGAGGAGGAAGUGGACUGCCUGGUGCUACAGCUGCACCGCAUUGGAGACCAGCUGGAAAAAAUGAAUGAGCAGCGCAUGGAUGAGCUCUUCUUCAUGCUGCGUGAUGGUUUCCUUCUGCAGCAGAACCUCAGCUCUAUGGCCCGAUUGUUGCUGCUGGAGAUUCUGGAGUUCCGGGCUGGAGGCUGGCGGCUCAGCGAGACGGCGCACAAGUACUACUACAGUGAGGUGGCUGACUGAUGGAAGGCAUUGCAGUGGGGGGUGGGGUGCAGGGAUGUGGGAAACUGUAACUGGGAAGGAGGGAACGAGAGAGUCAUGGAUCCUGAGGUGUAUUGUCUGAGAGAGAAUCUGAUGAGUUCUGCUGGUGAUUUGGCAAGUGAACUUACUCCCUGAGAUUUUAGUUUAGCUGCUGUGAGGUUUGUUCAUAUCUAACGCUGGUUAGAUGUUGUAAUGUUGGCCUGAUGUUAAUCAACAUGAUGGCUUGGAAACUUCUUAUUUCUAGGAAUAAAGUUCACAAGUGUUUUUUGAUUGCAGACAAUAAGAGAUACAGCACUAAAUUCCGCUUAGAGAAUCUGUCUUGUAUGCGAAGGUGAUGCAACAUUCCGGUCAGAAAGGUAGGGCUCCGAAUAAUGGGUGAAAUAUCCCGCUCCGGCAGCAAUUAGCCUUUGUUCGACAGUGUUACCUGGUUUUGUCCUAUUUCGGUUCCUGUUUUAGAUUCUUCUCAAGAUGCCUGUUUCAGAUUUGGGAUCAGAAUUGCUACUGUACACUGGGUUGGAUAUUUUGAAAUACUGAAGUGCAUUCUGAUCAGUCUGGUCACUUUUUACAAUUAUGAUAGAAAGCUCACAACUGUGCUAUAUAAAUACACAUCUCAGGCACUAAGACACGUACACUGCCUUCUUUCAAGAACUUUUUUUUUAAUUUUCACAACAGCUCUAAAAAUACUGUGUGAUGUGGUUUUUUUUUUUUCUUCUGAUGAAAUAGUGCCAUAAGAUGAACCAGCUAUAUUAGCCCACCCUACUUGCUGAUUGUUUUCACCAUUCUGUUGGGCUAUAAAAUAGCUACAGCAGGACUGGCAAGGAUUACUUAUUCGUUGUUCCAGCUUAUCUUGGGCAUGAAUCUCACUGUCUGAGUUGUAUGACCUAUAGUUUUUUUUUUUUUAAGUUAUUUUUUUUUUCCAGAUUUAAAGAGGACCUUCAGCACCCAGAAAUAUUAAGCAUUCCCUUAUUUUUGUUGGAGUUUGAAAGUAGUGUUUUUAUACAGGUUUUAACUAUGCUGGAACAGGUACUCCCAAAGUGAAAAAGUCAUACAUGGUCUGUUUCCAUGGUCUUAGCCAGCAUAACCUUUAUUAAUUAUUUAGUCUUAAUUUCAGCAGUACUAAAGUAAUACAGCUUUUAUUGUAUUUCUACAGGGUCUUCCAGGGUGAAAAUGAAUUUGUGGUGCUCAUGGAAAUAUAGUUUACUUCUGAAAAAAUUAAAUGCUUUCUUUUCCUGGUUUAGAAUGUGCAAUUGUAGAAAUGAGUUUGAAGGUGGCUACAAAGCAUAAGGAAGGGGGAGUAUUUUUGACGUGCAUGUCGACAGUUGAAUGCAGUUUGUACUCCUCUGAAGUGUUUCAUGUUAAUUUUGAAUGGUUGUAGCAACCAUGGUUUUUUUUUUUUUUUUAAACAUCUUUUGGAUUUCUAGUCCAUAUUGAGGUGGAAGGGCAGUUAAGAAUGCAGUUUAAGUGACCUUUGUUAACCAAUGAGGAUGGAUGUACUACUGUUACUUCACUUGCUUCAACACAGCUUUUUAGUGGAGUGUGAACACUGACAGAUUGCAUCCAUACGUGUGGUGUUUCUCAUAGGUAUGACUGUUCUGUUGUUUUAAUAUCACAGAAAUGUUUAUCACCAGCCUGAGUGACCAAUGAGCAUAUUUACCAUGCUCUGUCCUUCCUGGGGUACUUUUAUUUUAGAAUUAAACUUCACUUACACUUCAUUCAUAUACCAAAUUUAAAAGCUGUAUUGAAACAUUUUAAAUGGAAUUUAUUCACGGAAUCUCAAGAUUAAACUUGCAUGCCAUUUGUAGAAACUUUUACUGUUAUAUGCCAAAUAUUUAUAAACCAGUUUCUUGAAUUCAUUUGAAUAUUUGUACUAACGAGCAGAAACUUCCCUCUAGCAUUGUUCGAGUUGUAGAUUUGAAGAAACUAAGUUAUUUACACAGAGCAAGUUGAUUGCCUUUACUAUUCUGGAGUUUAUAUAUAAAUUUUUGGUAGAAUUGGAAAAGUUCACGUUUUCAGUUUUUAAUAAAAUUUCAAGUUUUAGAUUUCUAUGCAGUAGUAUCUGAAGUGUGGUGUUCUAUGGGACAUGCUUCUCUGGAAAAAUUUAUACAUGGUUACAGAAUGUAAUAAAGCAUUUGUCCACUUU